UAUGGCGGCGCCCUUGUAGCGGUGUGAGUUUGACAGCUGAGCAUGUUUUGCGGAAGAUUACGGAGAAAUUCAGGCUAAGCGAGGGAUGCAUUUGGUCUCAUUAGCAAAAAGUGUGUCCGCUUGAAGCUAACAUUGGAAUGAGUUCACCAUAAAUCAAGGACAUCAAUAAGAAGGAAUCUGAAUUUCUUUACUGUGGCGUUGCCAUGCAGUCAGUGGUGAAGAGGGUCACUCUGUGCCCACGGGCCCUGGUCAGACAUGGCGUACGCAGUGGGCACCUCCUUUCGCCCGUGCCCACCCGUUGGGUAAGGCAGGCUACGUGUCGCAGCCUGUACAGUGAGAAGGGGGUGUGGGAGAAGGACUAUCGGGUGGAGACCAGGAAGAAGGUGGAGCAGAGAUGGCACCCCCUCAUCAAGGAGCAGUGGAGGAGGAGCAGCAAAAAGGAGGACUCCGGGCGGAGGAAGUUUUAUGUCCUGUCCAUGUUCCCGUACCCGUCCGGCCGUCUGCACAUGGGCCACGUGCGGGUCUACACCAUCAGUGACACCAUAGCGCACUUCCAGAGGAUGAGGGGGCACCAGGCGGUGGUGAACUGGGACCCAGUGGACCAGACUGUGCUGGCUGAUGAGCAGGUGGACGAGGCUGGCCACUCCUGGAGGUCCGGGGCGCUGGUGGAGCAGAAGCUGCUCAAGCAGUGGUUCAUCAAGACCACCAACUACGCCAAGCCCCUCCUUGAUGCGCUUGCGGAGCUGCCCGAGUGGUAUGGCGUGAAGGGCAUGCAGGCCAACUGGAUUGGUGAAUGUUCCGGCUGCUUCUUCAAGUUCCAGCUCAAGCUGGAUGGAGAGCUGGCGGGGGAGACUCUGGAGGCCUACACCCCCACACCAGAGGCCGUGUUUGGGGCAGCCUACGUCUCCGUCCUCCCCUCCCACCGCCUGCUCCACGGGUCCAGCCGCCUCAAGACUGCACUUAGCAGAGCACAACAGCACGGGAGAGAUUGCCUGACUGAGGUCACAGCACGGAACGUGUUCACUGGCCAAGAGGUUCCCGUGGUGAUAUCCGCCCACGCAGAAUUCCAGGAUCACCUGGAUGCAGUGAUAGGUAUUCCAGAUCUGAAUAAGGAGGAUGCCGUGGUGGCGAGUGUGUUGUCUCUGCAGUCGCCCUCCGUACUGCACACUCACGAGGACGGAUCGCAGACACUCCUCAACUCUGCAGAGUUCACAGGCCUCAGCAGGCAGGAGGCUUUUGACUCCAUUACCCAGAAAGCCAGGGAGAUGAAAGCAGGUGGUCACCUGACCAGCUCCAAACUCCGUGAUUGGCUGAUAUCGCGGCAGCGUUACUGGGGCACACCCAUUCCCAUCAUCCACUGCGGCUCGUGCGGCCCGGUCGCCGUGCCAGAGGACGAGCUUCCUGUCACUCUGCCCAAAGUCGCCCUCACCGGGAAAGGGGCGUCGCCCUUGCUGUCCGCCCAGGAGUGGAUCCGCUGCACCUGUCCCAGGUGUAAGGGUCCCGCUCAGAGAGAGACUGACACCAUGGACACAUUUGUUGACUCCUCUUGGUACUACUUCAGAUACACAGACCCUCACAAUCAGACCAGUCCAUUUGAGCGUGCUCUGGUGGAUCAUUGGAUGCCAGUAGACCUGUACAUCGGGGGGAAGGAGCACGCCGUCAUGCAUUUGUACUACGCCAGAUUCCUCAGCCACUUCUGCAGGGAUCAGGGCAUGGUGUCUCACAGGGAGCCCUUCAGGAAGCUGCUGGUGCAGGGGUUGAUUAAAGGCCAGACCUUCCGCUGUGCUGACUCCGGCCAGUACCUGAAGAGAGAGGAGAUCGACCUCAGUGGUUCUGACCCGGUGGUGUCGGGCUCUGGAGGAGCGGUCAAGGUGAGCUGGGAGAAGAUGAGCAAGUCCAAGCACAACGGGCUGGACCCUCAGGAGGUGGUGGAGCAGUACGGCAUCGACACCGUGCGCCUCUUCAUCCUGUACGCCGCCCCGCCCGAGCAGGACAUCCUCUGGGACGUCAAGACCGAUGCCCUCCCUGGCGUGUUGCGUUGGCAGGCCCGUCUGUGGUCACUGGUCACUAAGCUACGUGAGGCCCGACAGGCCGGUGUGACCCCUGACCCCUCCACCCUCAGCAAGCGGGAACAGGCCGCUGCACGCAAGAUCUGGGAGAACAAAAACUACGCCAUCCAGGAAGUCACAGGUCACUUCACAGAGGACUUCCUGCUGAACACUGCUAUCUCUCGCCUCAUGGGCCUGAGCAAUACACUCGCCCAAGCGAGUGCUGGUGUGAUCCUGCACAGUGUGGAGUAUGAGGAGGCCCUGGCUGCCUUGUGUGUGAUGACUGCACCAAUGGCCCCACACCUGGCCUCAGAACUCUGGACAGGUCUGUGUGGAGUGAGGAGUCCUCAGUGUAAGCUGCUGUGUGAGGGGGGGGAUGUGCUGCAGCAGGCCUGGCCCACCGUAGACCCCCAGUACCUGGAGACGCCUGAUACUCUGGAGGUGGCAGUGAGGAUCAACAAUAAGGUGUGUGGGAGUGUGUCCGUGCCUCGCCAGGUGGCCCAGGAUGCCCAGCAGGUGCGAGAGUUGGUCCUGGCCAGCCCCCUGGGCGUCCGUCUCCUAGGCGACCGCAUCGUCAAGAAAGCCAUCCUCUCUCCCCGCACGGCACUCAUCAACUUCCUGGUGGAGGAGUGAGGCGGGGCUAAAACCACAGAUGCCUGAUUGGCCGAUUACGGUGUCACUCAAGUGGACUCUGAAGUGAAUGUGGGAGACGGGCUUUUGGUAUCCUCUCUCCUCCUCCACCCUUGAACUGGGACUGGAAUGCACUGAACGCUGUUAUCCUUUCUUUUUUAACCCAAGACAAAAAGACGUCUAUUUUUUCUACUCUGUGUGUGUGUGUGUGUGUGUUUGCGUCGUUGACUCCUGAAGCUCAUAGCCCAGACAGGGAGAGGGCUGGCGAGAGCCUCGGCCUGUUGGUCGUGAAAUUAAAAUGUCCGUCUAAACUCUAAACUGACUCUCAGGCUUCUGUGUGA